AUGACACUGGGGGAAUGGAGCAUACUGAAUCGGGCGGACGACAGAAAUUUCAUUUUCCUUCGAGUCGUGCUACAAGCCGGUCGCAUUUUUCUAACAAGUUUCAAAAAUGUAUCAAAAUUUUUAGUUAAAAAACAACAGUGCCAACGAAAAGUCGGCACACGGCUUGGUUCCUCGCCCGAAUCCGAGGAACCUAAGCCGGGAAAUGACUUAUUAUGAUUCGCCACAUCUUCGACCAUAUUCCUCACUACUCAUGAACACGAUGCGUUAUGAAGCCGGAUGAGCACCAGACGACGACCCAGUUCAGGAGGAUCAGCUGCAAAAACCAUAACACUAGACUGUAAAAGUACAGUCCCCCCAAAGCGCGUACACAUUGUUACAGUUACAUUUCACAAGGCUUGGUUUCUCGACGUUGAUAAUGAUUCGCCACAUUAUCACGAUGCUUUAUAACUGAUACUCUGUUGAAUUGGCUACGAAUUUACAUACUUUACACAUUGCACGUUAUCUAUUGCGAUUUACAAUUAGUUUUGCCAAUUAACACUACUUAAAAUACGCAGAAUUUGAAAUCGAAUUUCAAGUAACACUAAAUACACUAAACGAAAAACAGGUUAUGAACAAUGUUUUGAUAGGAACACUACACACAAGCUUACACUGAAAACACCGAAUGUUGUAGCAAAUACACUGAAGACACAAAUAAAAUAUUGUAUGGCUCAACCAAAAGAAUAACAACAUUGAUUUGUUGAGCUAAAAAUGCGCUUUAUUGCAAU